AUGAAAGCCAACCGGACAAUACCACCCAGAGGCCGCAUUGGCAGUUCCAAGUCCCGAUUCGGCUGUAAAACCUGCAAGAUCCGACGUGUGAAAUGCGGGGAAGAAAGGCCGAGUUGUUUCCGGUGCACGAGUACAGGCCGGAAAUGUGACUUUGAGAGCAAUGUGACUGGAACUAGCACGUCGCCUCCUACGCCGUCCACGUCUACUUCGCUCGUUCCAUGUCCGGGUCACACCCUCUCCUCGUCGCCUGAUUCAGGGUGGCGGGAACGGCGGGCUUUUGAGUAUUACUUUCAACAUGCUGCGCAGUAUAUGUCUGGUGGUCUGGGCAUUGAUUUCUGGACUGGUGUUGUUCCGCAGAUUUGCCGUACUGAGCCGGCCGUGUGGGAUGCUAUUAUUGCCAUCAGUGCUUUGUUUGAAUACCCAGAGCAGUGCCUGGACUUCACAUUUUUGAGACAUAAGCAGAAGGAUGCUCACCUGCUCAAGCAAUCCCAGAAAGAAGCUCUGUUGUGGUACUCGCGUUCUAUCUCCAGCAUCCACGCCCAGAUCGAGCGUGGCGGUGCCGAUCCUUACAUUGCACUUAUUAGCUGUGUACUGUUUAUCUGCGUGGAAACCAUUCAAGGACGUAUGGAAGAGGCUUUACAGCUUCUCAGACAAGGAUUGGGUCUAAUAUUAGAUCUCCGUGCCAAAGCCUUUUCCGGGACAGUCUCUGCUACCAAAGCUGCACUUCUAGAGGACACAAUCAUCCCCCUGUUCUUGCGCCUGAACACCAUUGCUCUGACCAUAUCAGGCACUCAGCCGAGCGAGCUAUUUUCUUUUGAGACCAAUAAGGAUGAUGGGUUCACAGCACUCGGGUCUGCUCGGCAGGCUAUAACCUCCUUGGGCGCGGAGUGCAUCCUCUUCAAACGAGAUGCGGAAGUUCACCUCUCCGCCAAUAGCUGUGAUGUCUGUGUGAGCGAUGACCUGUUUCUCAAACAACAAUCCUUACAAGCCCGGCUAGCGCGCUGGAAGAGUUCAUACACAAAUCUCUGUCGAAGCCUUCGUCAGAAAUCGCCAAUCGCGCUCGAAUAUCCUGUACAUACCGAGCCGACCCUGCUUACCUAUCACGCCGCUGCAUCGAUAUAUGUUUCAGGUAGUCUGACAAAACAUGAAAACAUCUAUGACAAUUUUCUGGAUGAUUUCCUGGUAAUUGUUGACCAAUCUAGUCUUACGCUGGAUUCCUUGGAGAAGCUGAAUGGUGCACAGCCGCCAUUUACCUUCGAGAUGGGGGUUGGACUUCCAUUGUUCGUGGCUGCUACCAAAUGUCGCCAUCCAGGAUUGCGUCGAAGGGCCCUGCAAUUGCUGAAACGGGCACCACCAGUGCAGGGCUUCUAUAAAUGCCCGCCUGUUACUGCUCUGGCUGAGCACCUUGUGCAGGUGGAAGAGGGUCACAGUAUUGCGUUGAAUCAAGCAGUUGGAUGGGAUGCUGCUGCUGAAAUUGCUGCCAUGAUUGCGUCUUCACAGGAGCGGAUCUCUAGUGAGGAAAGGACACCCCUUUCGCUACUCAUUCCUGAGGAGGCUCGAAUCUGUGACACUGGUGUUUUCCGACUCAGGGAUGGCCUUCCUUAUGAUGUCUCUAAGGAGAAUGUUAUGAAAUGGAAUCCUGGUCCAGAGCAACUUUUCAUGACACUCAGAAGACUUCGACGCAAUCCUGCUACUGCUGCAUGGGAGGUGAUUUGUGAUUGUAUACCUAUGAGAUUUUGA